UAAUGUCACAACAACUAAAUUUGUUCGCUGUCGUUUUUAUGUGUUCGUGUUAUUUAUUUCAUUUCAUUCGUUUUUUCAGAAUUUCUGAAAGUAGUCUUAAUUUCAGUGCCGGUUAAACUGAACUUUGAUUUCUCAUAUAAAAAAAAGCAAUAUUCCAAACAAUAAUAAUUGUCACGAUUGUCAGAGCCUAAGUUUGAAAUCAAGAUGAGUAACGACAGGAAUGUAAUAUUAGUAACGGGAGGCUCGGGUCUAGUUGGACAAGCAAUCAAAUCUAUUGUGGAAGAGGAAAAACUACAGAGAAUUGAAGGGUCUUUGAAUGAAAGUUGGAUUUUCUGUGGUUCAAAAGAUGGUGAUUUGAGGAAUAAACAACAAACGGAAGCAUUGUUUGACAAGUAUCAGCCAACACAUGUAAUACACCUAGCUGCAAUGGUGGGAGGACUAUUCCACAAUAUGGCACAUAACUUGGACUUCUUUAGGGAAAACAUGGCGAUAAAUGACAAUGUUCUAGAAGCAAGCCACAAACAUGGUGUGAAAAAAGUAGUCUCAUGUUUGUCCACAUGCAUCUUUCCUGAUAAAACCACGUACCCCAUAGAUGAAACCAUGGUACACAACGGUCCACCUCACACUUCAAACUAUGGUUACAGUUACGCCAAAAGAAUGAUUGAUGUUCUUAACAGGGGUUAUCAUGAGCAACACGGUAGCAUGUUCACAUCAGUAAUACCAUGCAACGUGUUCGGUCCACACGACAACUUCAGUCUGGUCUCGAGCCACGUGAUACCCGCGCUGAUUAGAAGAAUGGACGACGCUAUGCAGAAAGGUGAGCCCACAUUCACAGUGAUGGGCAGUGGGAAACCACUUCGGCAGUUCAUAUACUCCCUGGACCUCGCGAGGCUGUUCAUCUGGGUGCUCAGACAUUAUGAGAGCAUUGAACCAAUUAUAUUAUCAGUGAACGAAGAGGACGAAGUGACAAUCGGUGCUGUGGCAGAGGCCAUAAAGAAGGCACACGGCUACCAGGGGCAGAUAGUGUACGACACGACCAAAGCGGACGGCCAGUACAAGAAAACCGCGUCGAAUAAGAAGCUACGUUCGUUGUACAAAGACUUCAAGUUUACACCAUUCGAGACCGCGAUACAGGACACCGUGGCGUGGUUCAAAAGUAACAGGGAGAUUGCGAGGAUAUAAAACUAAUGCACGGUAAAGUGAUUAUUACGAUUAGUGAAU